AUGCAGGCCGUCUACGAGGACGACAACCCAGAGAGCCGCGAGGCGCGGCGUUACGCACGUGCGGCGAGCGAGAUGCUCAUCGGUUACGCACGUGCCACCGGCAUCACGCCGCGUAACCUUUGUGCGCUGUUCGAGAUUAAGAACCCGGUCAUCGUGGACCGCAUGGAGCGGGCUAGCCCCCCAAUGAACCUGAAUACUGCGCCAAUCCCCGAUCCCCGGCAUGCUGCGUCCCCCGCGUCCACUCCCACGCAGGUUCCUGCCACGACCGAAGAUGCGGCAUCCCUUCGCCGCCGCGGGCGCGUUCUGCCUGCGUGGAUGUAUGCACAUGCUCCCACCCGCCAGCAGCUGAUUGACUCUGGCGUGAGUGCCGUCAUGAACGGCUAUGUGGACACGGCUGACAAUGCGCUCAGCGGAUUGCUCACCGCUGGGCGCAUUGCGCCUCUCUCGCGGCAAGCAAUGCGCUCAGCGGAUUGCUCACCGCUGGGCGCAUUGCGCCUCUCUCGCGGCCAGCAAUGCGCUCAGCGGAUUGCUCACCGCUGGGCGCAUUGCGCCUCUCUCGCAGCCAGCAAUGCGCUCAGCGGAUUGCUCACCGCUGAGCGCAUUGCGCCUCUCUCGCGGCCAGCAAUGCGCUCAGCGGAUUGCUCACCACUGGGCGCACCACAGCUCUCUCGCGGCCAGCAAUGCGCUCAGCGGAUUGCUCACCGCUGGGCGCAUUGCGCCUCUCUCGCGGCCAGCAAUGCGCUCAGCACAUUGCUCACCGCUGGGCGCAUCACAGCUCUCUCGCGGCCAGCAAUGCGCUCAGCGGAUUGCUCACCGCUGAGCGCAUUGCGCCUCUCUCGCGGCCAGCAAUGCGCUCAGCGGAUUGCUCACCGCUGA